AUGGGUGGUGACGGCUUCGGCGCAAGAACGAGUGAUAACGCAAACGCUAGUGUUCGUACGGGAUUUGGUUGGCAGCGACAAGCUGUAGGCGGAAGAUCAGUUGGAUUCGGAAAUAUUGGCGGCUUCAGUGCGAGAUCAAAUGCUACCGCAAGCAAUACUGGAUUUGGUUCUCAACGGCAUGGUACAGGACAGAAGCAGAGCAACGACAAAACACGAUUAGUGGUUGAUGAUGAAAAAAGCAACGAUGACAUGUGUGAUCUCCCAGCAAACUCCAAAGUAGCAUUCAUUCCGCGGCGGCUAACAAAAUCGGAACUGUAUCAAUUGCGCAUCACCGCUGGAAAGCGAAGCGAGGAAAUGUACACAAUGAAGGUUCAAAUCACUACGGAAGGCCCACCCUUAGGUCUGAAGGCUAUUGAAUCAUUUGCUGACAUGGAACUGGUACCGGAUCUUCGAAGAUUUGUUGAAGAAUCCGGCUACACGACUCCAUUCCCAAUUCAACGCUGGGUGAUUCCAAUCGUGAAAGCAAAGCUUUGGAUUGUAUCAAAAUUUUGUGUUUUCGGUAAAACUGCGGCAUAUCUUCUACCAAUCCUUCAAAAUCUGCUUGCCGAGAACGACCUUGCCGAACCAGGCAUUUAUGCCUAUCCACGAUGCCUUAUUUUUGCUCCUACAAGAGAAUUGACGGAACAAAUUUAUAACGAAGGACGCAAAUUCCUGGAAGAAAAAAGUCCAAUUAUGGGCGCAGUUUAUGGCGGAAUUGAAAUGGUUCAUGCACGAAAAGAGCUGUCAAAGGGACCAUCUAUUAUUGUUGGAACGAUGGGAAGGCUCACGCACUAUAUCGAGCAGGGAAGUAUCAUUCUCUCGCACCUUCGCUAUGCUGUGAUUGAUGAAGUUGACCGGAUGCUCAACACUGAUGACUUUGCUGAAAAAAUAAGAUACAUAUUAUCAAAUGGCCCACCCAAGCAACAACGGACUACUUUGAUGUUCUCAGCAACGUUUCCGGAUAUCAUUCAACUUAUUGCCCAUGAACAUCUGCGACCAGACUCUGUGAUGAUUUCCAUUGACAAAAUCGGCUCCGCUAAUAAGUGCAUCAAACAGGAGUUCAUUGAGAUUAGCGAUCCUGCAAAGAAAAAGGAUCUGUUGCUGCAACUCUUAAAAGUGGAUGUCAAAAACUACGAGCUUCAAGAUGGCGAUAUCAGAAAGCUCAAAACUCUGGUUUUUGUGAAUCGCAAGACUUUCGCUGAUCACUUGGGACUUCUGCUGUCGGAGGCAGGGCUACCUGCUGCGACUAUUCAUGGAGACCGCGACCAAACACAACGAGACAAAGCGCUGGGAGAGUUUAAAGAUGGAAAAAAGCCAGUCCUGAUUGCAACAGCCGUGGCUGAGCGAGGCCUAGACAUUGUCGGUGUAGAUCAUGUAAUCAAUUAUGAUCUCCCAAGAACCAUUGAAGAAUAUGUACAUAGAAUCGGAAGAACUGGUCGAGUUGGCAACCCAGGCGUCGCAACCUCGUUCUUUGACACAAACGAGAAGGGGGAUCACCGCAUCGCAGCUGCUCUAGUUUCUACCCUCAUUGAUGCUGGACAGGAAAUUCCAGCCUUUCUGACGCAAUUAAUUGAUGGAAUUGAAAUGGAUGUUGAGUCACAGCCCAGAGUGGUGCCAAAACUCAAACCUAUUGAAGAGGAAGAAGAUUGG